AUGCACGCCCAGCAGUACAUCAUUGCCGCCCUCAUGGCCUUUGGCGCUGCCGUAACUGAAGCUCGCGCCCUCGAGCCCCGCCAAAUUGGUGACCUGGCGUGCAACGUCGCCCGCCUGCAGAUCGUCAACGCCCUGAGCGCGACCAAGAAGAACGUCGGCGACAUCCAGGACGCGACCGUCAAGACCGCCGCCCAGGCCGGCGUCAAGCAGGCCCAGGAUGCCAUUGGCGUCAUCGGCAAGUCCCUGCUCGCCGGCGAAAAGGCCCCUGCCACCGCCCGUGACGACGUAGCCGCCGGUCUGACCGCCACUGGUACUGCUCUGCAGGGAGGCAGCAAAGAUGACCAGGCCGUCACUGACGCUACAUCCAACCUGGCCAAGGCUACCAAGGCGGGUGAGGAUGUUGUUGCCAAGUGCAAGUAA